GCGAGAUUCUGCGAGAUGUGGCCAGUUAGAUAUAACCUUAUCAUUUAUAGUCUUUCUUAAUCGUUUAGUACCUACUUUUUUAAGGACGAGCAAAGUCUGAAAACCGUGCCACCCAUAUUUGAUUGUGUUUUGAAGGCGACCGGUCGUAAAAUAAGGAGCCGCCUUGAGUUACUCAUUGAUGUCUGCUAGCCUGCAGCUAAUGUUAGCUUCCCAACAUCAACAGGAAGUAACGAGCAAGCUAAAUCCUAAUGUCUUGCAUUUUAAAUUCUCCAGACAUGAACUGCACUUUGGAGAAAGUCCUGGCCGAUGCCAAAUCGUUGGUGGAAAGGCUCCGUAACCAUGACAACGCUGCAGAGCUGUUAAUUGAGCAGACAACCUAUCUCAACAAGCGGGUGGAUGCAAUGAAGCAGUACCAGGUGGAGAUCGACACACUAAACCAAGUUGCACGUCAUCGUCCUCGAUCCAGUCUGAUCCUGGGCAUCCAGCAGGAGAACCGUCAAAUCCGAGACCUCCAGCUGGAAAAUAAAGAGCUACGGUCGUCGUUGGAGGAGCACCAGUCUGCGUUGGCGCUCAUCAUGACCAAAUAUCGGGAGCAGGUGUUCAGGCUGCUCAUGGCCAGAAAGAAGGAUGACCCUACCAUUGUGAGCCAGCUGAAGGAGAAGCACACAACGGAAAUGCAAGCGCACAUAGACAAGAUCAACGAGAUGGCUUCUGUGAUGAGGAAAGCCAUAGAGGUGGACGACGGGCGGACAUGUGAAGACGAAGAGAGGAUUCAGCAGCUAGAGCUGGAGAACAAAGGACUGAGAGAGCUGCUAGGCAUCAGUCGUGAAGCAUUCCUCAUCCUCAAAAGCGAAGACUCGUCAGAAAGCACGUCGCUGUCGCCGCCACUGACCAACACUGAUGUCAGCUUACAGCAGAGUUAAUAGUGGAGCCACCCUUCCACGACUUGACUGCCGGUGCAUUUACUGUAUCACCUUCCUGCAUUUGAACUAUCACUUUCUUUAUUUUUGGUACUUCUAGGAGGUUUGUGUCUUUAACCACAGCCUGUGGCACUUACGAAAACUUGAACGUGUGAUUGUGCUAAAGGAAAGUGUGCGAUAGAAUAAAUCCUAUAAAUAUGAAAUGUUUUAUUUUAUGCUCUUAAAUACAAAUUUCUCCCCCAAAAAACAUACAAUGUGAGACAAAUAAUCUGUGGUAAUAAGCACAAAUGUUGUACAAUGUCAAAAUAUUAUAAAUGUAAUAGCAGGCACCUUUUUACAGCUUUGCGUUAUUAUUCAAGCCAGCUUUUUAAGUAGUCUUUUUUAAAAUUCUGUCAACUUAAGCCAAUAUAUACUUUGGAGGGAGCACUGUCAUGCGAUACAGCACGGGUGUCCAAACUUUCUGACUUGGGGGCCGCAUUGGGCUGAAGAAAAUUAGGCCGGGGACCAAAAGUGCAUGUAAAGUAACUUUAUAUAUAUAUUAUAUAUAGGGAUGUCCGAUAAUGGCUUUUUGCCGAUAUCCAGAUAUUGUCCAACUCUUUAAUUACAGAUACCGAUAUCAACCGAUACAGAUAUCAACAGAUACCGAUAUAUACAGUCGUGGAAUUAACACAUUAUUAUGCCUAAUUUGGACAACCAGGUAUGGUGAACAUAAAGUAAUUUUAAAAAAUAAUAAUAAAAUAAGAUAAAAUAAAUUAAAAACAUUUUCUUGAAUAAAAAAGAAAGUAAAACAAUAUAAAAACAGUUACAUAGAAACUAGUAAUUAAUGAAAAUGAGUAAAAUUAACUGUUAAAGGUUAGUACUAUUAGUGGACCAGCAGCACGCACAAUCAUGUGUGCUUACGGACUGUAUCCCUUGCAGACUGUAUUGAUAUAUAUUGAUAUAUAAUGUAGGAACCAGAAAUAUUAAUAACAGAAAGAAACAACCCUUUUGUGUGAAUGAGUGUAAAUGGGGGAGGGAGGUUUUUUGGGUUGGUGCACUAAAUGUUAAGUGUAUCUUGUGUUUUUUAUGUUGAUUUAAUAAAAAACAAAACAAAAAAAAACAAUACCGAUAAUAAAAAAAACGAUACCCAUAAUUUCUGAUAUUACAUUUCAAAGCAUUUAUCGGCCGAUAAUAUCGGCAGGCCGAUAUUAUCGGACAUCUCUAAUUAUAUGUAUAUAUAUACAGUAUAUAUACAUACAUACAGUACAGGCCAAAAGUUUGGACACACCUUCUCAUUCAAUGCAUUUUCUUUAUUUUCUUGACUAUUUACAUUGUAGAUUGUCACUGAAGGCAUUAAAACUAUAAAUGAACACAUGUGGAGUUAUGUACUUAACAACAAAAAGGUGAAAUAACUGAAAACAUGUUUCAUAUUCUAGUUUCUUCAAAAUAGCCACCCAUUGCUCUGAUUACUGCUUUGCACACUAUUGGGAUUCUCUCCAUGAGCUUCAAGAGGUAGUCACCUGAAAUGGUUUUCACUUCACAGGUGUCAUAGUUUUGAUGCCUUCAGUGACAAUCUACAAUGUAAAUAGUCAUGAAAAUAAAGAAAACGCAUUAUAUGAGAAGGUGUAUCCAAACUUUUGGCCUGUACUAUAUAUAUAUAUAUAUAUAUAUAUAUAUAUAUAUAUUGAGAGUAUGUGAAAGUUGGACUCCUACAUUGUUUACUUCCAUGACGACCUCCUUAAAGUUUUGUAAUCAAUCAGAAAUAUCAAGCAGCUAAAAUGUGCCAAAUGUAGUUUUAAUUAUGUGUUGUGCAUGGACAUUUUUUUUAAAAUAAUAUCCGCAAAGUUCAGUGAGCAGGUUGUGUUAUGUGUGACCAUGUAUGUUGACUUUUUGUGUUGGUUUAUUUGCCGUUGUUUGGAUUGGGUCAUUUAUAAAAUGUGUUGUGAUCA